AUGGCUGCUCGUGGUCCCCCCGGUGCCCGCGGCCUGAGCAACCGCUUUGCGCAGUUUAAGCUCGUGCUGCUCGGCGAGUCCGCUGUCGGCAAGAGCUCGAUCGUCCUCCGCUUCGUCAAGGACCAGUUCGACUCGUAUCGGGAAUCCACCAUCGGCGCCGCCUUCUUAACGCAGACCAUCUCGCUCGACGAGGCCACCACAGUCAAGUUUGAGAUUUGGGAUACCGCCGGCCAGGAGCGCUACAAGUCCCUUGCCCCCAUGUACUACCGCAACGCCAACUGCGCCGUCGUCGUCUACGACAUUACCCAGACUUCCUCUCUCGACAAGGCCAAGGCGUGGGUCAAGGAACUGCAGCGCCAGGCCAACGAAAACAUCAUCAUCGCCCUCGCCGGCAACAAACUCGAUCUUGUCACCGAGCAGCCCGACAAGCGCGCCAUCCCCACGGCCGAAGCCGAGGCGUAUGCCAAGGAGGCCGGCCUGCUCUUCUUUGAGACGUCUGCCAAGACCGCCGAGAACGUCACCGAGCUGUUCACUGCGAUAGCAAAGAAGCUGCCGACCGACCAGGUCGGUCCCGGCGGCCGCGCGCGGCCCGGCCAGCGGCCAGGUGUCAGCCUCGCGCCCGAGGGCUCCAACACGCAAGCUGCAGGGCAGUGCGCCUGUUAA